UGGCGGCUGGAUUGAAAAUUCAUUUUCCGGGUAAAAUCAAAAAAAGUUUUCCCUCCAUCGUUCGAAAUCCAUCGAACUGAUUCAGUUCAUGUGUCAAUUCAUUGUAGAAAACUGAAGGAUAUUGAAUAAGAAUUGGAAUUAUCCAGGAUAACCAGAUGUGUCCUGGAGGUUAUCAGUUAAAUAAAUGAAAAAAGUCUGAUAGAAUUCGAAGAUUUCAUACCAUAUUCAUUAGAAAGAGCAAUGGCAACUUUAUUAAAGUUACAACUGAGCGGUAUACGUAGUUUUGGGCCAUUUGAAGAGCACACGCAAACAAUCUCUUUCGAUACACCUGUAACACUCUUGGUUGGACAAAAUGGCUGUGGCAAAACAACAAUUCUCGAAGCUAUCAAAUAUGCUUGCACUAGUGAUCUGCCCGGUGGUACAGCUAAAGGACAAGGUUUCGUCCAUGAUCCAAAAAUAUCAGAUCGUGCUCAGACUAAGGGCCAAAUAAGACUUAAAUUGAUUGAUGUUAAAGGGGAUAUUUACACUAUUGUGAAGGCUAUUCAAGUAGUUCAGGGACCUUCCUCGAUGUCAUUCUCUUCUCUUGACUCUUCGCUGUCUAUUCUUUAUACCAAUGGGGAGAAGCAUCACUCUUCUGGUCGGUGUGUUGAAAUUGAUAAACAUUGUGCGCAAGUAUUACAGAUUUCUCCUUGUAUUUUGAAUAAUGUUCUAUUUUGCCAUCAAGAAAACUCUUCAUGGCCUCUUGAUGAAGGUAAAAAAGUGAAGGAGAAAUUUGAUGAAAUAUUCGAUUCUAAGAAGUAUAAUAAGUGUGGUGAAGUACUCAGUAAAGCAUUAACUGCAAAAGAAACUAAGAUUAAAUUGCUGAAGUAUGAAGUCGAAACUAAAAAAGAAAAGAAAGUAGAAGUGACUAAAAAGAAAAAACUACUAGAUGAGAAGAAAGACAAAUGUAGAGCACUUCAUGAAGAUGUUUUGAAAAAAGUUGAAUUAUUGGAGCCUCAUAAAAUCAGAUUGGAUGAAAUCGAGCAGUUGGAAGUCGAUUUGGGAAGAUUACAAAAACAAUUGGCCAGUAAAGAUGCAGAAAAGAAAGGGUUAAUCCAGCAACAAAACAUGCUAAAACAGAAUAUAACUGAUGUAUUUCAAGGUGACGAUGAGGAGCUACAAGUGAAAAUAUCUGAGUUUGAACAAGACCAGAAAAAAAAAGAAGCUUUAAUAAGAGAGCUAGAUGAAAAAAGAAAAGAAAUCGCGAAAAAGGAAACUCGAAUUAACGAAGAAAUACAAAAAGAGCAGAUAAAACUUGGUCAGUUAAGAGAAGAAAAAAAACAAUUUGAAUUGAAGAUAAAUAACAGAAAUACUCUCUUCGUGAAAGCAAAGGAAUCACUGGAAGUCUCCGAUCCGUUUGUGUGGGAUACAACUGAAGAAUCACUUCAAGCAAUCAAUAAGCUCAAAGCAAAACUGAAAGUAAUCGAUGACGAUUUACAGGAUUUCAUCAAAAAGAAAAAUCUCGAAGAAAGUGUUAUGCAAGAAAAAAUUGAUAAGGCCAGGGAAGCCCUAGCUACCACCAAAGAAAAAGUUAAAUCUACCUCUACAGAUAUUCGCAAAAUCGACGAAAAAAUGUUGCAAGUCAAGAAUGAAAUACAAGAACUUGACAUUGCGAGCAGUCGAUUGGUUGCGAUAAACAAAAAAAUUGAGAACUUGACAAAAACUCUUGAAACUCUUGAAAGUAACUUCGAUGAGAAAGCAACCGAAGUUGAGAUCGGUAACAGCAAAAAAGAAAUAGUUAAAAUGGAAACGAAACUAGAAGAAUUGGAAGAACUCUAUAAAAUUCUUCAACAUAACUAUAUAGUAGAGGAAAAAUUGAAUUUAGAAGAACAAACAAAAAUCAAGAAAAGGACUGAGCUGAACAAAAUCAUGAACAGACACUCUGGCAACUUCAAUACUCUUUUUAAAGAAGCAAUACCAAAAAUAAACAUAGGAGGAAAAGUACAAGCUAUUCUCUCCACUAAUGAAAAUGAAAUCAAGAAACUCAACACGGACAUAUCCAACAAGCAAAAGGAAAUCACCAAACUGGAAACGCAGAUACAUCAUCAGUCACGAGACAUUAAAAGAUUUGAAUCUGAACUGCAAUCUAAAAAAUCCCAAAUAGCUUCAGUAUGUCGAAACACCGAUUAUACAUUAUUGCUGAGGCAAACUUUCGAGCGAAAGGAAAGAUUUCAGAAGGAAAAAGGACAAUACAGUUCCGCCAAAAUUAUGUAUCAAACCUUCAUUGAGGAGUUUGAAAAGGAGAAAGCCUGUUGUCCAAUUUGCGAAACGGAUUUUUCUGGUAAAACUAACAUAGUUUUAGCCAUCGUUGAGAAAUUGAAACAAAAAAUUAUAUCUAUACCGGAAAAAUUGGCAACUGCCGAAACAAAUCUAAACAAAGAAGAGAAAUUAUAUAACAAACUACAACAACUCAAACCGGUAAACGAGAACGUCGAAGAAUUAUCCAAUGUAAAAUUGCCAUUACUGUAUGAACAAUUAGAGAAUGAUAAGACCCAAUUGAAGGAAUCGACAGACCAAUUAUCUAAACUGAACGAGGAUUUGAAAACGCCUACGAAAAUUGUUGAAAUCUGCAGGAAAGUUCUAACGGAUGCCACUCUACUGGAUCAAUAUUAUGCGGAUAUAAAAGCAAGCGAAGAAAACAUCGACGAACUACUGAAUCAAAAACAAACAGUGAAUACAACAAAGAAUAAACAAGAAGUUGAGAGCGAAUUGGAAAACUUGAAUGGGGAUCUUAAGGAUCAAAGAAAAAAGUCAGACAGUUUGAGACAAAAGUUAGACCAACACAAACAACGUUGUCAGAAAAUAAAAGAAGAUAAAAGUAGAGAAUUAGAGUUACAACUCAAGUAUCAAACUCAGGCAAACAACAAGCCUCACCUAGAGAAGCAACUGGAGGAAUUGAACGAUAACUACAGCUGUCUUCUGGUCGAAAAGGAAGAACAACAAGCAGAACUGACCAAGCUCGAUGUUGAACUAAACGGUUUAAACAAGGAGAAAACGACGUUAGUAAGCAGCAACGAGAAAUUAAUCAAUAACAAACGGUUGGAAACCAAUAAAAAAAGUAAAUUAGUGGAAGAAAUCGUCAAAUUAGACACGGAAAUUACAGAUUACAGAAAUAAAAACUCCGAUGGGAAACUGCAAGAUCAAAUUGAGAAAGUGAGUAAGUUCGAAGACCAAAGGAAGAAGCUUGUUGAGAUAAAGAAUGAAACUAUGAAUAAAAUAACGGAGAAAAAGGAAGAAAUAGCGAAACAAGCAACGAAACUCCGGGAUUUACAAGAUAAUGUUACCUUGAGAGAAAAACAAAAAGCGGAAGGAAUACUAGUUAUCGAAAUAACAAAACUUCAAAAUAAAAUAGGCACUUAUAAUUACCAGUCCGUAUAUGAGGAAAAACUUAAAUUGAAACGAAAGAUCGAACUGGGAGAGAGAGACAUCAACAGCUUGAGAGGACAGGAAACGGAACUGAAAACAACAAUCGAAGAUAUUGAAAAAGAACUGAACCAACCGGAGAACAAGAAUUCUGAAAAAAUUUAUAAAGAAAAGCUGUUUGAAUUGAAACUGAUGGAAAAACUCGUCACCGAUUUGAAGAUUUAUAUCAAAGCUCUACACCACUCCGUUCUGGAAUACCAUAAAGACAGAAUGGUACAGAUAAACUACAGAAUAAGAGAGUUAUGGAGGAAUAUCUACAAGGGUAACGAUAUAGAUUACAUCGAAAUUCAAACUAAGGAAUCCAAAUCGACUUCCAGUGCCAAAAAAACUUACGAUUACAAGGUCGUUCAGAAGAAAAACGGUGUGGAAUUGGAGAUGAGAGGAAGGUGCAGCGCAGGACAACGAGUUCUAGCUUGUUUAAUCAUCAGGAUCGCUCUGGCGGAAUCCUUCAGUUCUCACUGUGGUAUUUUGGCGUUAGAUGAGCCCACAACCAAUUUGGAUAAGGAAAAUGUUACGAGCCUCACUUAUGCGUUGUCCAAUUUGAUCACUUCGCAUGUGAACGAUAACAAUUUUCAACUUAUAGUUAUAACGCACGACCAAGAUUUCUUGGAUAUCCUGAGGCAUAGUGUGCAGAAUAUUUCUCACUACUGGAGGGUGAGCAGGAAUCCUCAAGGUUAUUCCAUAAUCAAAAAAGAACGUUUAUAAAUAGUGCUUUGUUAUAUUUUGUGUUACGGUAGCUCUACUUCAUUUGAAGAUGUUAAUUUUUUUACUGCUGAUGAAAUUUCAUGUAUCGAGUCAUAAUGUUUGUUGUUAUUCUAAUAAAUAUUAAGUAUUUA